AAUCAGAAAUCAGAAUGCCAGGAUUUGCCUCGCACUACCCGAAUGGUGUUUUCCUGUCGUGGGGGAGAAAACGUUAACAGGAUACCACAACAAAUCUUUAAACCCUCCGGUUUUGUAAUUUGCCAAUUCGCUUUCGGUGCCUUAAAUGGCCAACGUUUGGCAAAACAUCCUUGCUUCAGAUGCAUUGUGCAAUCAUCUACGAACUCCCAAUAAUCCGUGCCUAAAAACUCUAUAUUUACGUCGAAGAGCUCUUCUUCUGCAAGAAAAAUCUACAAAAGCCUCAAGUAAUGAAGAGAGUUUCAGACGGUCUUAUCUGCAGCUUCGUUCAACAAUCUUAUUUGAAAGAUAUGGUGUACCCAAAGAAAUUCUUUGCUCACGUAGCAGGUCUGUUAGUCUUCGGGGAAUGAAUGUAUCCUUGUCGGAGAAAAAAAUUCACAGCACCCAAGAUGACAGAUAUAUGACAAUUCAACAAAUGUUGGAUCAUCAUAAAGAAGCUAUCUCUAAUCUCACAUUUGCAAAAGAUGAAGCAUCUCUUCUUGCUUGUGCCUCCCUUGAUGGAACCUUGUCUAUCUGUGAAGUUUCUCCAUUUUGCAGAGUUCUGCACAUCUUAUCUGGGCAUGCAGCUGGAGUUACAGAUGUACAUUGGUCUGAUAGGAAUGAAUGGCUUCUAAGUUGCUCCAUAGAUGCCUCACUUCGCUUAUGGGACGCACAAACAGGAAAAUGUUUAAGGAUAUUUCGCGAUCCAACCAAGUCCUCCAUAAACUGUUGUGCUUUUUUGCCAUCCAACAACAAUCUAGUCGUCGUUGGGAACAAACGUGGUAUGCUUCAAAUCCUAAACACUUCAACAGGAAUUUUCCCGCUGAAUGGAAGCAGCCAAAUAGGAGCACCAGUUACUUGUCUCACUUGUGAUGGACUGGGAAAAUUAAUAUGGGCUGGUGAUGACAGGGGAUAUAUCAACUCAUUUCUGGUGGACUCGGCUACGGGUCGGUUGAUAAAAGGACGUCGUGUGGAAAUUCAACCUUCAGUACGUACUCAAGGUCCAUUAGUUACCUCCAUUUCUUUCACGGCUUGGGCUGGUCGGGGUGGACGAGACCCGAGUCUUCUAGUCAGCUGCGCCGCCAAUGCACUUUUCCUAUACAAGAGCAUUUAUUACUUUUUGCCGAUUUUAAAUAGUGCUAACGUUGUUUUUUUUUCAAAUAGAAUUGUGGAUGAGCAAGGUGGUCUUCGUCUUAAACGAAGAUGUCCAUUAGCCCACCACCAGUCGAAAAUUCGAUCCGAGUUUUGUCCUGUUACAUCUCAACCGGGAGCCUGGUGUCCCAACCUAGUAUCAGGCGGCGAAGACGGGUGCAUCUAUUUUUUGCAUGUUGAUUCCACGUCAACUACAACUAGACGCAUUCCUGCACAUGCCUCAGCAGUUUUAGCCGUAGCUGCCAACUAUGAUGGUGCUCUCCUGGCUUCGGGAGAUAGUCGCGGUAUUAUCAUGCUGUGGGGAAAGCCUUUACUCUAAUCAAAAUUUAUAUUAAUUCAACUCAACGUUGAUCACCAAGUACGUCAAAAUUAUAUCUGCUAUCAGUUAUUCAAAAAAAUGCGAUUUUUUUCUUUUUGAAAUUAAGAAACCGAUUUAGAUGAAAAAAGGGGAAGCCUUAAGUUUCCCUAGUUAGUACAGAUUUAGCAUACUUGGCAGCACGCAGGUCUAAUCGCCCUCAUGGUGAUGCUUGAAAAUCAGUUUCCAGUGGCCGCAAUUUUGGUAUUGAAUUUUAAUUAGCUAAAAAUGUUUCAGCACCGUGAUAGCCCUUUAACUGAAGGGAGGGGGGAGUGGCAACGAUCAUAUUUUAUUAGACUAUCUGCCCACUUUAACAGUACGCAAGGCUGCACUUAAACUUAAGCAGCAGGCGUGCUCUUAAUCUAGUGUGAGCUGUAAUCCCGUUUAAAUGAAGAUCGUAAAAAACUCUUCGGCCUAGGUAUUUUGGCAUGGUCUUUCACGUUCAACUAUUAUGAGGAGUACCAUUAUUUUGGUGGUGAUGUUAGUAAAGUGUAAUGCAUAAAGGACACAAUGGAAAUGCCCAAUGCCCUGGUUUUUAUCUGAUGAAAAUGCAUAAUUUUAGACUAGGGAAAUAACCACAGCUCAGUCUGAAACAAAACAAAUUUUAUUAGUGACUCAGCCUUUAUUUCGUGAUGAGCCAUCAAACUUGUGGUAUUUUUAUUCUAGGGCAUGCUUCAGACAACACACACGGGGAAUUGUGCGAUCCAGCUGAACUUCAUAAAGUUUUCUUUAAUCAAGUUGUUCUUGGGAUUACUUUAUUUGAAAACAAGCAAAUAUUUUGUUGCGUCAAUAGAUACUGUUUCUUUAUUUUUGCAAAGAAAACAUCGAUUUAGAAUUAACUUUCGUAAAAUCAUUCGUUUUGUUCUAGAUUAUAAGCUUGCCCGGAUCCGGUACCGGCUCAUAUACUGUAGUCAUAAAUGUAAAUAACCGCCUUAAGACGCUCUUUGCAGGAUGUGCUUUGUGUAACUUUUGACGUCGUUUUUGUACUUUAUUGCUAGUAUUUUACCGCAUCGGAUAAGGACAUAGCGUGUAGCUGAGUGGUGUUUAUUAAACACUACCAAGAAAAACGUUUCCCCAUGUUGUAAGAUAAUUUGUGGAUUGAGGUGUUAAAAAAAAAUAGUGCAGCUUGCGUGUAGGAUAUGCCAAUAUUUCAUAUCAUUCGCACAUAAGUAACUUUCUAUAAAGGAUGAGUCGAAAUAACUGAAUAUAACCUUCGUGCUGCUGGAAUUCUCUUCAUUCUGCGAGGAGCCGAGUGCAUAAUAACGACUGGUGUGUUAUUGAUGUUGUAUUGACCCGCGUGUCCAUGACCUGGUUGAAAACCGAUCGAUGUCUUCUCAUUUCAAAAAUGUUUUUAGAGCAUAAAAUUUCUGAUUUUCUUUUA